AUGUUAUUCACCUCGCUCGGGUUCAAGUGUGUCAUUGGUACUCUGGGUAGUCGACGAGCUGUUACAAAUCACGUCACCGAAGCCUUCCACGACCAGAUGUUCAAGAAUUUAUGGGAGGAGAUGCUUGACUGUACGAAGGCGGCCUCGGCACUCAACGUUCAACCAUGCUAUGCACUCGAUGAAGAAUCCAAGGCGUAA